AUGGCCGCGCGCCCCGCCGUGCUCGCCUGUUUGCUGCUGACCUCGGGCCUGCUGCGGGGCGGCUGCGAGGCGCGCUUCACCGCCGAGCCGGACCCGCAGGAGGACGACGAGGAAUCGCGGGCUUUCCCGGAGUCGCCCCUGCAGAGGCCCACGGUGCUGGUGGCCAUCCUCGCCCGCAACGCGGCGCGCGCGCUGCCUACCUUCCUGGGCUGCCUGGAGCGGCUGGACUACCCCAAGAGCAGGAUGGCCGUGUGGGUGGCCACUGACCACAAUGUGGACAACACCACGGAGAUCCUCCGGGAGUGGCUGCGCAACGUGCGGGGCUUCUACCACUACAUAGAGUGGCGGCCCAUGGACGAACCUGAGGCCUAUCCUGAUGAAAUUGGACCAAAGCACUGGCCCAGCUCCCGGUUUGCCCAUGUCAUGAAGCUGCGACAGGCAGCCCUUCGGACCGCGAGGGAAAAAUGGUCAGACUACAUUCUGUUCAUAGAUGUUGACAAUUUCCUGACUAACCCGCAGACCCUCAGUCUGAUGAUGGCAGAAAACCGAACCAUUGUGGCCCCCAUGCUGGAGUCCCGGGGCCUCUACUCCAACUUCUGGUGUGGGAUGACACCACAGGGCUUCUACAAGCGGACGCCGGACUACGUGCAGAUCCGCGAGUGGAAGCGCACGGGCUGCUUCCCCGUGCCCAUGGUGCAUUCCACCUUCCUCGUCGACCUGCGCAAGGAGGCGUCCAGCAAGCUGGCCUUCUACCCGCCACACCCCGACUACGCCUGGACCUUCGAUGACAUCAUCGUCUUUGCCUUCUCCAGCAGGCAAGCAGGUGUGCAGAUGUACCUCUGUAACCGCGAGCACUACGGCUACCUGCCCAUCCCGCUCAAGCCCCACCAGACACUGCAGGAAGACGUCGACAACCUUGUCCACGUGCAGAUAGAAGCCAUGAUUGACCGUCCUCCAAUGGAGCCCUCCCAGUUCGUGUCUGUCGCCCCUAGAUAUCCGGACAAGAUGGGGUUUGACGAGAUCUUCAUGAUAAACCUCAAACGCAGGCAGGACAGGCGGGGCCGCAUGCUGCGCACACUGCAGGAGCAGGACAUCGCGGUCAAGGUCGUAGAGGCCGUGGACGGGAAGGCACUCAACACGACCCAGCUGAAGGCCCUCCACAUUGAGAUGCUGCCCGGGUACCGCGACCCCUACUCGUCCAGGCCCCUGACCAGGGGCGAGAUCGGCUGCUUCCUCAGCCACUACUCGGUGUGGAAAGAGGUGAUUGACCGAGCACUGGAAAAGGUGUUGGUCAUCGAGGAUGACGUGCGCUUUGAGCACCAGUUCAAGAGGCGGCUCGUGACGCUCAUGGAGGGUGUCGAGCAGGCCCGGCUGGACUGGGAACUCAUCUACAUCGGCAGGAAGAGAAUGCAGGUGAAGGAGCCGGAGCGGGCAGUGCCCUCAGUGCGCAACCUGGUGGAGGCUGACUAUUCCUACUGGACCUUGGGUUAUGCCAUCUCCCUGGAGGGGGCCCAGAAGCUGGUGCGGGCCGAGCCGUUUGGCAAGAUGCUGCCUGUGGACGAGUUCCUGCCCAUCAUGUAUGACAAGCACCCCGUGGCCGAGUACAAAGCACAUUACCAGAUCCGAGACUUGAAGGCCUUCUCUGCUGAGCCCCUGCUCAUCCACCCCACGCACUACACCGGCCAGCCAGGCUACCUGAGUGACACGGAGACCUCGACCAUCUGGGACAAUGAGACGGUGGCCACCGACUGGGACAGGGCCCACCCUUGGAAGUCCCGGCAGCAAGGGCACAGCCAUGACAGGGCCAAGAACACAGAGGCACAGCUGCCCCCCACCUCCCUGGACACUGCGUCCUCAAGGGACGAGCUCUGA